GCGGAUCGAGCUCGACGCUUCUUCAAAAUGGCGGGAAAAUCAGCCAUUUUCUCUCUAGGGUUCUGUUGUAUUUGGGUUUUGACUUCAGACCGAGUUCGUAACGAGCACUGUCGGGAGAGCGAAGAAGAAGUAAUUUCCCCUCCGGCAAGGGGAGGUAGAACAAACAUGCCGACUUACAAGAUCAGGGGAAUCGAUGUGGAUUUCCCUUACGAGGCAUACGAUUGCCAGCUCGUUUACAUGGAGAAAGUGAUCGAGUCUCUCCAAAAUAAAUGCAAUGCACUGUUGGAGAGUCCUACCGGAACUGGGAAGACCCUGUGCCUUCUCUGUGCUACAUUGGCAUGGAGGAAGAGUCUAGGUGGAUUUUCUACAGGGAAGUCUGAGAGGAAUAGUCAGAGUGUGGUUGGGACGCCCUCAUCCCAGUCCAGCGGUAGCAGUCUUCCUACGAUAGUGUAUACUUCACGAACUCACAGCCAGCUCCGUCAAGUGAUCCAAGAGUUGAAGACGAGCAGCUACAGGCCGAAAAUGGUGAUUUUAGGGUCUCGAGAACAGUUGUGCAUUCAUGAGGAAGUUCGUACACUGCGUGGAAAAGCACAGUCAAACGCUUGCCGGUUCCUUUGCAGAAAGAGUGCAAAGCGUCAGUGUGCUCAUUUCUCUCAAACAUCUGCUUAUGUAAAGCAGAAUCCCCAUCUCGGAGAUGAACCAGUUGACAUAGAGGAUUUGGUAAAAAUUGGGCAACAGUUUGGACCGUGCCCAUACUAUAUAUCAAGGGAACUCAGUAAAGUGGUUGACAUAUUAUUUGCACCUUAUAAUUAUCUGAUUGAUCCUAGCUAUAGGAAAUCUCUUGGGAUUGAUUGGGACAGCAGUGUCCUAAUAUUCGAUGAAGCUCACAACCUGGAAGGCAUAUGUGCUGAUGCUGCUUCAUUUGACCUGCCUGCUGGGCUUCUGACGGCUUGCAUUUCCGAGGCGCAAUCCUGCAUUGAUCUUUCUAUCACAAGAAGGGAUACAUCAAGUGAUAAAUCACAAAAUCCCGAGAACUAUGCCAUUCUUAAAGCACUGCUUCUGAAGCUUGAGAAGGGGAUAGCUGAUGUACCUAUUGAAUCCAGUGAAUUGGGAUUCACCAGGCCUGGGCCCUACAUCUAUGAAUUACUUGCUAAUCUGAAUCUCACGCAUGACACUGCAACCAAGCUCAUUGAUAUAAUUGAGGAGGCUGCUGUGCUUCUGGAGGAAGACAAACAGCAGAAAUCACAAGGCACUGUCUGUCGGCUUGAAAGUAUUGCUGACAUCCUUAAACUAAUUUUUAAAGAUAAAAAUAAUGCCCAUGCAACCUUUUACCGCGUUCAUGUGCGUGAAGGCCAGUCUUAUGCUCCAGAUGUCUUGAAAGGUAAAGCACCGAGAACUCUUAGCUGGUGGUGCUUUAAUCCAGGCAUUGCCAUGGAAGAAUUCUCCAAGAGGGGAGUUGGCUCCAUUAUUUUGACUUCUGGAACACUAUCACCGAUGGAGUCAUUUGCUCAAGAGUUGAGAUUGAAUUUUCCUGUUCGGUUGGAGAACCCUCAUGUCAUAUCCUCAAAUCAGAUCUGGGCAGGGGUUGUUGGGGUUGGCCCAUCAGGGCAUUCUUUCAACUCUUCUUACAGAAAUCGUGAUUCUGUAGAAUAUAAGAGAGAGCUAGGAAAUGCCAUUGUUAAUUUUGCUCGGAUUGUACCUGAUGGGCUUCUUGUAUUCUUUCCCUCAUACUACGUUCUGGACAAAUCCAUUGAGUGCUGGAAGAGUGUGGAUAAUACUAGUUCAACAACAAUAUGGGAAAGAAUCUCCAGGUACAAGAAGCCUGUUAUAGAACCUAGACAAUCAUCUCUUUUCCCAUCGGCAAUUCAGGAUUAUAUGGCUAAAUUGAAGGACACCUCAAGUUCUGGAGCAGUGUUUUUUGCUGUUUGUCGUGGCAAGGUAAGUGAAGGACUGGAUUUUGCAGAUCAAACUGGGAGGGCUGUAAUAAUUACAGGAGUUCCUUUUCCCAUGAGGACUGACCCCAAGGUUCGCUUGAAGCGAGAAUUUUUGGAUCAACAAGCGGCAUCCUCAAGGGACAACAACAAGUUCCAGAUUCUAACUGGGGAAGGCUGGUACGGCCAGCAAGCAUCACGGGCUGUGAAUCAGGCUGUUGGACGUGUAAUUCGCCAUCGACAUGAUUAUGGAGCGAUCAUAUUCUGUGAUGAAAGGUUCUCAAAUGCAAAUCAGCAGUCACAGAUUUCACUUUGGAUUAGGCCUCAUCUUAAGUGUCAUUCUAGAUUCGGAGAUGUCAUUUUCACAUUGAGUCGUUUUUUCCGCGAUGGAGUAUUUAGUAGUUCAACGAUGCUGAAGUCUACGGAAAAAGUCACACAGAUGUCGCAGCAGGUGGAAAAAGUUCAGACAAUGCCUACAGAUGAGAAGGCUGCCAACAUAUCGUCAAUGCUUCCUUUUCUUCAAGAUAAAAGCUUCAGUGAUUCAAGCAAAUUAAAGGAGAUUGUUCCAGCUAAUUGUGCAUCUCUUAAUCCUCCCAAAAAUAACCAAGACUUCAUAUUGAAGUAUUCCAAAGGUCUCAUAUCAAAAGAGAAACCAGUACUUGUUCUGGGGGGAACUUCAACACAACGCCAAAAACAGGAGAUGGUCGACUUGAUUAGUGGAUCCUCAGGUAGGGUAAUCCCUAGUAGUGAGGGACUGCUGCCAUGUUCUGCUAAGAAGCGUAAGGUGUCAAAAGGAGAGCUUAGUGAAGAUAUUAAGCAGAAGUUUAUUGAUGAAAAGCGAGAAUCCAAUAAGUUUGGAUCCCAAGGGAGACGUAUCUCUGAUAUUAGAACCCAGCAACAUGCUAGUUCACCUGGGUUCCCUCAGAUGGGGAAGACCGAUGUUCAUGCCUCAAAGAAUGAUGCAGCUCAUUCUAACUCGUUGCACACUGGAGACCAGGAAACAAAAGGAUCUGAAUUUCUAAGUCAGGUAAAGGAAAAACUUACAGCCCCAGAAUAUGCUGAAUUCGUCAGUUUUAUGAAAGCGCUGAAAUCCAAAGCCAUGACAAUAGGCCAUGUGCUACAAUCUAUCAUCAACUUAUUCAGAGGGCCAGAGAGGGCCCAACUGCUUGAAAGAUUCAGAGAUUUUGUCCCUUCAAAGUAUCGUUCUUUGUAUGAGCAGUACGUCGGAGCAAAAGAUCAACUACCCUAUAACCAAACAUGAUCGAAGGACGGUGUAAAGUGCAGAACUGUAACAGCGCCAAGUACAUAGACUUCUUGGGAUGCACCGUAGUAAGUCUCACCUUGCUCUUUUGAUUGAUCACAAGAGUGGAUACAUUAUUAGUUAGCAUGACUCUUAAGAUGCUUAACUAUCCCUUUCCCAACAACUCGAGUUAUUGGGACCAAGUGGUUAGUUCGCUAAAGCCUCGUGGUUUGGCAGCACAAGGGUUCAACCUGUGCAAACCGUAAAAAUCCACAAUUCGGCAUCGGCUUUCGUUUGAGGGGGCGUAUAAAAGGUUUCCCAACAACUCGAGUUAUUGGGACCAAGUGGUUAGUUCGCUAACAGAACAUAUCAGCAGAAUUCAGCCUGUUCCUUUGGUGAUUGUAGUUUUUUUUUUUUAGCUUCUGAAAUCAGACUGGACUGGACUGGAGGUAUGGCAUCUUCCUCCUGGCAUCACCAACAAGUACAGAUAUCAGCCCGGUAUCGAUGGACUUUCAAUCAUCGCCUUUAUCCAGAAGGUCUUAGCAUUUCGUUCCUAACAAUAUACCAGCAUUGAUGAUACAGAUUUGUAAAGUACACUCUGGUUUUAUUAGUGGGAAGAUUGCAUAUGCGAUUGUCGAAAACAAACCUUCAAAAUAUUUGUGAAUAUAUUGUCAAUGUAGAGUUGGCCUAAUUGCAAGUUUGGUCACUCGAAUUGCUAUAAAAUUUUGCGUUUGCC